AUGGAGGUUCAGGAAACUAAAACGUUAAAACAAUAUAGCAACAAGCAGAAAAUACUGCUGGUCGGAGAAGGAGACUUUUCAUUUUCUCUGUCUCUAGGCAGAGCCUUUGGUUCAGCCUCCAACAUCACUACGUCUUCCCUUGACAGUCGAGUUAUUAUAAAUGGUGUAGUUGAUGUAAAUCGUAAGUACACAUAUGGAAAGCAGAACGUGGAAGAGUUGGAACGACUCGGAGGCACCGUUAUCCACGGUGUCAACGUCCACUCCAUGAGCUCAGAUAAUCGCUUAGCUCGAUACAACCGAAUUGUCUUUAAUUUUCCUCAUUCAGGUUUAGGUUUUGGUUCUGAGCAUGAGAGCUUCUACAUCAUGCAACACCAGGCGUUAGUAAGAGGAUUUUUCGAGAGUGCGAGAAAGAUGUUAGAAGAUGAGGAUGGAGAGAUUCAUCUGACUCAUAAGACAACAAGACCAUUUAGUGAGUGGGAAAUAGAGACUCUAGCUCAAGAAAAGGGUUUGCGUCUAAUCGGGUUGAUGGUAUUUGACCAAUUGGCGUUUCCGGGUUAUUCUAACAAGAAAGGAAGUGGAAGUAACUGUGACUCUAACUUUCCGAUCCGAAGUGCAGUUACUUUCAUGUUCAAGAAAUAAAUCUUUGCUUAAUGUCAAAGAACUAAAUAAUAUGUAUCUUUUAAUCAGUACUCUAAUAAUAAUGAUGGAUUUGUUUUCUAAUCGCCAAAACUAAUUCUACUAUAUAUAAACGUAUCAGCCCCAUGCGCUUACAACGAACCAUUUCCAAUCUAAAAGAAAUA